AUUCAGGUACUCACGAGCUGAACUCUGCAGAUGACGUCAGACCGGUAGGCAGCACAGAGACGAUCUGUGGACAAACUGCUGGUCACGCUGUCAGCAUGGGGAUAGUUUUAGGAAUUGUGGCUGAAGCAGCUGCAGCGGAGGCUGCAGCAGCAGCGGAGGCUGCAGCCACUGCAGCCGCAGAGGCAGCAACCGAGGCUGCAGCGGAGGCAGCAGCAGAUGCUGCAGCAGAGGCAGCAGCCGAGGCUGCAGCAGAGGCAGCCGCUGAAGGUGGAGCUGAAACCAUAGCUCAAGUUUUGCAAGCAGUUGCCAAACUUUGCAAAUUAAUUGAAGAAUGCUUGGCUAUUGAUGCCGUCUUCAAGGCUGCAAAAGAAAUCAUAAAAAGCCUCAUUGAUAAAUUUGGUGCACGUGAAAAAUGUGAGAAACUGGAGAAGUGUCUUCAUGUGUUCACAAAGCUAAUGUCCAAGAUGGAAGAAUUUCGCAAAUGGCUGCAGGAACAUAAGGACGACACUGUGAAGCUUGACGGAAUCGACAUCCCUUUGGAAUCAGGCAUCCUAAACAAGUUCAUGAAACCACUGGCAACGUCAGUGGGAAGCCUGCAAAGACUGUCUGACGACGUUUCCAAAAUGAACACGAAGGGGCAGAUGAUGGCGGAUGCGCAGCUGACAACUUUAAAGAGAAGCAUCAUCCGCAUCGUGGCAACGUUUGAGUCGAUUGCCCAGUACAAGGACGAGAAGGGCGACAAACUCCCCGUGUUAAAAACACUCCCGAUCAGCAUGGACGAAGUGAGGGAGUGGAGGGAGGACAUCGGUUGCCCAGAGGAUUCUCUCAUGUCUUUUUUACAGUUGCACACAUAUGAGUGAGGCUCUGUUCAGGGAAGCAACGGUGCAUCAAAGGCUUUUCGUCAAACACCAUUUGCCUGAUGUCAUUUAUGUCCACAGAGCAGAAGUGAUUCGUUGCUCCUCCUGAAUAACGCAUUGUGCUUCCACAAUUUUACAGCAUUACAAAUCUUUUAAGAAGCUUCUAUUUUUAAAAUGUUAGUGUUGUAAACACACAGAUGAAAUUCUCUUGGUGAGCAAGUGAGAGUUCAUUCUUUCACUUUAGCCUUUUCCUGCUGUUGCUAACUUUGAAAUCGUGGGUUUAGUUACUUUUUUAGGCCUGACAGAGAAAAGCAGCAUUUGAAAAAACAAAAAUACAACCCAAUCCGCUUCAGUAACGUCAGGCCUCAGUUGUUCUGUAGUGCGCUAUGCAUGGGAACUGUUUCCGCUGUCUUUUACUGCACUGUGCUGACAACACUGAUUAAAUCUUUGCAUAAUAAAAGCAUUUAUUUUA